CAGCUGGUUCUUGAAGGCAUCACCCCCACCAGGCCAAACGCUGUUUGGUCACCCUUGGGGGUUUUCCGGGUCUAUCUAAACAGCUUCUGCACCACGCAUCGGCACGAGACAGGUGUCCGUCCAAAUGACCGCGCGACUGAACGUUCGUGUUAUUAACUUCCUUUAAGACCAGCCAUGACGGACAAGUGGAGCAAUCGGCUCUGCUGCAGUCCACCGCCAACCACCUACAGCAACAACAAGAACAGCAGCAGCGUCCCGACCCCGCAUUGUAUCUUCUUAUGAUAGGCUGUGUUCUCGUGCGGCCUGGGCAGUCUGUGUGUUCCUUACGAGGGCGUCGACGUUUUAGUUACUUUGUAUAUAUGGUGUGCUGUAGCGUUGUUCUGAUCUCACGACAUCGGAAAUAACUGCAACAGCAGCUGCAGCAGCAGCAGCGACGUCCCAAGGAGGAGCAUCCCCCCCGGUGUUUAUUACAGGAGAGGAGGACACUACCACAAGCCAGUGACUCGACACGGAGACACACAAGAGCAAACAUGUUCGAAGCUAGAGGAAUCCCCUUUGUGCUGCUCGACAUAGUCUGCCUGGUUCUAGGAGGUCUGCCUCUUGCGGCCUUUAACCUGGGUAAGAUCCGCCCCUAUCAGAGGGGCUUUUUCUGUAACGACGAAAGCAUCAAGUACCCUUUCCACCACAGCACAGUCACCUCCACAGUGCUGUACACUGUGGGCUUCAGCCUGCCCAUUAGCUGCAUGAUCUUUGGCGAGUGUCUUUCAGUUUAUCUAAAGCGCCUCAAGUCCAAGUCCUCAUUCGGCAGCUAUGUGGCCUCUGUUUACAAAGCUGUUGGUACCUUUUUGUUUGGUGCCGCGAUGAGCCAGUCUCUGACCGACAUAGCCAAGUAUUCUAUUGGCCGGCUCAGGCCGCACUUCCUGGACGUGUGCCAACCUGAUUGGAAGAAGAUCAACUGUUCAUCAGGGGCUUACAUUGAAGAAUUCACCUGCACCGGAGACGCCACCAUGGCCAACGAGGGCAGGCUUUCCUUUUACUCCGGCCACUCCUCCUUCUCCAUGUACUGCAUGCUGUUCCUGGCACUCUACCUGCAGGCUCGUCUCCAGGCUGAAUGGGCAAGGCUGCUGAGACCCACAAUCCAGUUUUUCCUGAUCGCUGCCACAGUGUAUACCGGGUUGUCGAGAGUGUCUGACUACAAACAUCACUGGAGUGACGUGCUGGCUGGACUCCUUCAGGGUGCCCUCAUGGCACUCCUGGUGGUCUUUUUCGUGUCUGACUUUUUCAAGCCACGUGUUGCUCCCCGUCAGGAGGCCGACAUCCCACACACGACCCUACAGGAGACCUCGACGAAUGGAAACUUUGAGAGUCCAAACUAAGCUAAUGGAGGGAUAGAAGAUGAACUCUGCUCUGUCCAAACGCACACCCAGGAUUCCAGCAGUCUAGCCUUUCAUCUCACGCAAAUUUGCCCCCAAUACUCCUGCAUGGAUUUACAGCAAACUUGACUGAAGGAAGCUCGUAGAAGAUUGCACACCACCAAAAAAAAAAAAAAAUCACCUCAGCCCCGUUAAGAUUUCAAAUUUUAGAAAAUUUGCUUUAUCUACCAAUUCCCCUGCUGAAAGUGGGGAGACUGCCUGUCAAAGACUUGUAAAUAUGCUUUAAAGGACUGAGAUGGACACGAUUUCCAAGGCUGGACGUUCUGAGAAGACGGGAACCAACAAAUUAUUAAUGUUUGUGUCUACUGAGCUAGUGGGAAAUCAUGCCUGCACGCGCCAACUAAAGGGUCUGACCACUUCUAGGAGGAAGAGAGGACGGUUGGAAACCUGUGAAUGUAACCUUGCUUUGUGCUAUUUCUUGACCUGGAGUCAGUGUGCUCAAGGAUCUGAUUCAGGGUCAGUUUGAAGUCAAGCACCCAGGAGGAGGUCUGAGUCUGCCUUAAUGUGUGGUGUUAAUUAAAAGGGCUAAUUUAAAAGAGGAAUGUGCUUCUGAAGGCUGGAAAGUGCUGCAGCCUGAAGCUAAUCACAUCCUGAGCUGCUGACUCCAGGUCGCCCCUGCCGCCUUAUUCUCCAACUAUCUAACCUCUGUGUCGAGAAAGAAAGAGCUCGACUCUCAUCAUGUUUGGUUAGAAAGUUGAAGAGUUUUAAACUGUUAGUUAAGUCCCAUGUUGCCUUUCCUGGACUGCUACUGCUGCUAUCAGCACCUGGUGUAUCCAAGAACUAAUAUAAACAUCAAGUGAACACAUAACUAUGAGCUUUUAUAUCAUCUGUAUGCAAGAACAAACCACCAUACAGACUUUUAUUGAAAAACAGUUACAAAUAUUUACAAAUGUGUAAGAUAAGAAAAGAGGAAAAAGAAAGCCAUUUCACUCAUUAACAUGAACUCAAAUGAAACAUACAUGUGUGAUGUAUUCUAUCAUGAGCCUUCAAUUUAAAUUAAAGCCUGACCUCUUUUGUUUACUUGCAGCCUCAUAUUUUGAAAAUGAUGUCAUAUUAUGCACCACUUUUCCUAAUGUAUGCAGAAACAAUAAAAGAAUGAAUGUUCA